AUGGCCAUUGACGAGGUCACCCCUGCGCCGCAGGUGACGGAAACCGCUGCUGGAAACGACAGUGACAAGAUCAGCGUCAAGACGGGCGCGAACCCUCUGAAGAAGUUUGGCAAGAAGAAGGAUGGCAACGGAAAUGAAGAUGUGGAGAAAGAUGGCAUUGGAGGGGAUACGCCGCCGCAUGACUUGCAGCGCAGGCUGAAGAGCAGACAUUUGCAGAUGAUUGCUAUCGGUGGUACAAUUGGAACGGGUUUGUUCAUCAGUAGUGGAACAGCCAUCGCACACUCCGGUCCGGCGGGUGCCCUCAUCGCCUAUAUCUUCGUUGGUUCGAUUGUGUUCUCGGUCAUGUCCUCACUAGGUGAGGUCGCAACGUAUCUUCCAAUCUCCGGUUCUUUCACCUCCUACACCGCACGACUCGUCGAUCCCAGUCUGGGCUGCGCGAUGGGUUGGAUCUAUUGGUUUAACUGGGCUUCGACGUACGCUGUGGAACUGACUGCUACCGGUCUGAUUGUUCAGUAUUGGGACGAUCAACUGUCGGUAGCCAUCUUCAUCGCCAUCUUUUGGGUAGUGAUCACACUUCUCAAUUUCCUCCCGGUCGGCUUUUAUGGAGAAAUCGAGUUCUGGUUUUCGAUGAUCAAAGUGCUCACGGUCCUGGGAUUCAUGAUCUUCGCUAUCUGCAUUGACGCUGGCGUGGGACAGCAGGGCUACCUUGGAUUCCACACGUGGAAGGAGCCCGGAGCAUUUGCUCCCUAUCUGAUCGACGCGUCAAAUCCGGUGUCCAAGUUCGUCGGUUUCUGGGCCGUGCUUGUGCAGGCCGGUUUCUCCUACCAAGGUACCGAGCUGGUUGGUGUCGCGGCCGGUGAGACGGAGAAUCCGGAGAAGACCGUUCCCUCGGCCAUCCGCAAGACCUUCAUCCGUAUUCUCGUCUUCUUUGUCCUGACCAUCUUCUUCAUGGGCUUGCUGGUCCCUUACGACAACCCCAACCUCAUUACCGACUCCAGCGACGCCUCCGCCUCCCCUAUGGUCAUCGCCGCGAAGCUCGCCGGCGUGAAGGUCCUGCCUAGUCUGAUCAACGCCGUCCUCCUGACCGUGGUCCUGUCGGCGGCCAACUCCAACGUCUACAGUGGCAGUCGUGUGCUUCUCGGUCUGGCUCAGGAAAAGUUCGCGCCCCCAAUCUUCGGCUGGGUCACCCACCGUGGUGUGCCCUACGUUAGCGUCGCCUUCACCGCCGCCUUCGGACUUCUCGGGUUCAUGAACGUCUCCGAGUCCGGUGGAAAGGUCUUCAACUGGCUGGUCAACAUCUCCAGUGUGGCUGGAUUCAUCUGCUGGACGUCCAUCAGUCUGAGUCACUUGGCGUUCAUGCGUGCGCUGAAGGCGCGCGACAUCUCUCGCGAUACCUUGCCUUACAAGGCCGCCCUCCAACCCUAUCUGACAUGGUACGGGCUCUUCUUCAGUGUCCUGAUCAUCCUGACCCAAGGAUUCACGGCCUGGAUUCCCACCUUCAACGUCUCCGAUUUCUUUGUUGCGUACGUCUGCGUGAUCAUCUUCGUGGUGCUGUACCUGGGCCACAAGCUUCUCUACCGCACCCAUCUGGUGCACCCACUCGAAGCAGACCUGCAAUCGGGCCGCCUCCAGAACUACUCCUGGGAAACGGCGAGGCCGAAGACGUGGCAGGAGAGGCUUCGCGAGAGUCUUUGA